AUGUUGACCAACAACGAGCUAAUGGAGCAGUUCUACUUCCCCGACGAGACCCCAGCGAUUCCCGAGUUCCUGGGCAACGAUACCUUCCAGCAGUUGGAGCAGCUAAUGUACCAGCAGGAGUUCAGCACCAGCGAUAGUCAAUCUGACGGAACCAACAGUUGCUCCUUGGAGAUGUUCUAUGAUACUCCGGCGGUCCUGGAAUUGGAGCACAUGUUGAGUGCCCAGGAGCAGCAGCAGCAGCAUCAAUCGAAUCCCUUGGGCAAGAGUCAAGGCAGGAGUUCGAAAUACUGGAACAAACAGCAGAGGAGCAAACCUUACGACAAGCUGUCCACCUCCAUGUCAUCAUCAGCAUCCUCUGCCUCAUCGACUGGUUCAUCAUCCGUUGGAUUCGGUGGCGAAGUCCUAAAAAAGCGGCGACUGGCGGCCAAUGCCCGUGAACGGCGGCGGAUGAACAGUCUGAACGAUGCCUUUGACAAGCUGAGGGAUGUGGUUCCCUCUCUGGGACACGACCGGCGUCUCUCCAAAUACGAAACUCUGCAAAUGGCGCAGGCAUACAUCGGGGAUCUGGUCACGUUGCUCUCCAGAGACUACUAG